AUGCCUCGUAAGAAGCAAAAGGGUCCCCAGCCUCGGUCCAUUCGACCCGGUCCUCACAAGCCAGGCUCAUCCUCUCAGCCCAAGACCAAGGGAACCAAGCAGGAUUCGACACCUGCCAAAGAUACACAGAAAAAGGGCCCGGUGCAGGCGAAUCAACAACCUAUCGUACCAUUUCUGCGAGGAGAUCGCAUUUUGUUAAUCGGAGAAGGUGACUUCUCCUUCGCCCGCUCACUAGCAAAGCAAUAUAAAUGCCGCAAAUUGCUAGCAACCUGUUACGAUUCCCAGGAAACUCUCUUCGAGAAAUAUCCCCAAGCAGAGCAAAACAUUCAAGACAUUCUGCACUCCAAGCCCAGAUCAAAGAGUACAGAAGAUUCCGAACUCCCUAAAGAGGACAAGAAGGAAUCUCCUGCUCCCAAAGUUCUGUUCUCAAUCGACGCCCGCAAACUCGGCUCCCAAGGCGGCGGCGGUAAAGAGGUCAGAAAUGGCUAUCCUCGUCGUGAACGCAAGAUUCCAGCAUGGAGAGCCCCGCGUCAGACUCCCGCACGCCCGCCGAAGCCGAGUGGACCGUGGGAUGUGAUCUGUUUCAAUUUCCCGCAUGUGGGUGGCAUUUCGACGGAUGUGAAUCGCCAGGUGAGGUUUAAUCAGGAGCUUUUGGUGGCGUUUUUCAAGGCUUGUGGGCCUUUGCUUUCCAGUGCUCCGGCGCCGGUUGAUGAGGAUGAUGAAGAUUACGAGUGGGACGGGGAUGAAGAGGAAGAGGGAGAGGAAGAGGACGAGGAUGAGGAGGAAGAGGGGGAUGCACAGACUUCUGGAAAGGCUACGAGGACUGGACCCGGUCAGGUCCUUGUUUCUCUUUUCGAGGCAGAGCCGUACACGCUUUGGAAUAUUAAGGAUUUGGCUCGGCACGCGGGGUUGCAGGUGGUUACAAGUUUCAAGUUCCCGUGGAGUUCCUACGAGGGGUAUUCACAUGCUCGGACUCUGGGCGAGGUAGAGGGGAAGAACGGGGGAAGAGGUGGAUGGCGUGGUGAGGACCGUGAAGCGAGGAUGUAUGUGUUUGAGGCGAAGCAGGAGGCUCCGCGGAAGGGGAAGAAGAAGAGGGCGAGGGAUGCGGAGAGUGAUAGCGAGUAG